CUGUGGGUUUUGCAUAGUUUUGUGUGGACUAGCAACUAAAUUAAUAUUGCAACAUCCCCAGGGUGGCUUCAUAAUGGGUUAACCAGCCUUUCCCUUGUGGGAAUACAUUUAGUUGUAAACAUUGACACGACUAAACAUACAAGUUCAAUCGCCAGGGGGUGAAAUACAAUCACAGGCAAAAAGUCAGGACGGGUGUGCACCCACCUACAGUAUACCUACGUUUGACUGUGCGUGCUUCAGGAGAGCUGCUCCUCAGACUAUCAGCACAUUCCAACUGACAGACUCCAGAUCCUGUCACCCACGAAUGAAUGAUGGAGGAACAUUCAACCAGCGAGCCAUCCACAGAGAACUUCGUCACGGCCGACUAUGCCGUCUUUGCUUUGAUGCUACUGGUCUCCAUGGCCAUAGGACUCUAUCAGGCCCUGAAGAAGCAGCCACAGGAUGCCAAUACUGAUGAUUUCUUCACAGGCGGUCGCAGUAUGUCAGCGGUGCCUGUCGGACUUUCCCUCUGUGCCAGCUUUAUGUCAGCUGUGCAGGUUUUGGGAGUUCCAGCUGAGGCUUAUCGCUAUGGAUUCAAAUUUCUUUACAUGUGCCUUGGACAAAGCAUCAACUCUCUGCUGACUGCCUUGUUGUUCCUGCCGGUUUUCUUUCGACUCGGCAUCACAAGCACCAAUCAGUAUCUGAAGAUGAGGUUCGGCAGAGGGAUGCAGCUGCUGGGGAGUGUCCAGUUUCUUGUGGCCACACUGCUGUACACUGGGGUGGUCAUUUAUGCACCAGCACUGAUCCUCAACCAAGCUACUGGACUCAAUAAGUGGAUGUCUCUUUUCUCUACCGGAAUCAUCUGCACCCUGUACACAACCCUGGGGGGCAUAAAAGCUGUGAUCUGGACAGAUGUUUUCCAGAUUGUUGUGAUGUUUUCAGGCUUUGUGGCCAUUUUCAUCCACGGCACAGUUCUGGUUGGUGGUCCUGCAGCAGUGCUGGAAAUUGCUAACAAUGGAUCGCGGAUUAAUUUUAAUGAUUUUAACUUUGACCCACGACAACGUUACACCUUCUGGAGCUUGACUGUUGGGGCUUCACUUUUGUGGCUGUCCAUGUAUGGAGUAAACCAAGCUCAAGUCCAACGCUACGUCUCCUGCAGGACUGAGAGACAGGCCCAGUGGGCAAUAUUUGUCAACCAAGUAGGUUUGUGCCUAAUUAUUGGCAGUGCAGGUGCCUGCGGCAUCGUCAUGUUUGCCUAUUAUAUCAAGUGUGAUCCACUGAAGUCUGGCAAACUGGCUUCUCCUGAUCUUUAUAUGCCAUACUUUGUGCUUGAUAUAUUCAAGAGCUAUCCUGGCUUUCCGGGUCUUUUCCUGGCCUGCGCAUAUAGUGGCACUUUGAGCACAGUUUCCACGAGUAUUAAUGCGAUGGCUGCAGUAACGAUGGAGGACCUCUUUCGACAAUAUCUGCGCAACAUGAGCCAGAAGAAAUGGAUCCUUAUUUCUAAAGGACUGACCUUCCUCUAUGGAGUUGCUUGUAUAAUCAUAGCUGUUCUAGCCUCCUUCCUGGACUGGGGAGUUCUUCAGGGGGCAUUCUCUGGAACAGCAGUGGGCUAUUGUGUCUCUUUGUGGCUGGCUGUUGGUUCCACUCUUUACCCGCCCAGUUCAAGGACCAUGGGCGUAUUGCCUAGUUACACAGCCGAGUGUGAACCUCGAAACAUCACCCUGAAUGGUACACACCAUCAAGACUCCAUCUCAACCGCACUUCAUCCUGACAACCCAGGGGGCCUGCAUAACUUGUACUCUAUCUCCUAUCUCUAUAUUGGUGCCCUGGGAACAAGCUCGGUUGUCCUAGUUGGGCUCCUCAUGAGCUAUGCUGCAGGACCAAUGAAGAGAACUGAUCUUAAAGAGGGUUUAUUAUGGUGGGACUUGGGUAAGAAGCAAGCAGUCAUCCAAUCACAGGGCGGGAGCACAACAUGUACAGAGAGACAGUGUGUGGCUAUGACGGAGCCGCAUGAAAGUGACGAAAACCACGCAGAAGAAAUGGAAAACUUUAACAUUAUUAAGUCCAUUGUCCAAGUGUAAACAGAAGUUUUUAUCCAAAGAACAUACUGUAAUUUAUACCUUGUUGCAGGACAUCUGCACAUCUUAAUUUCCCUCACGGGAUUAAUAAAGCAUCU